UACCAGUGUUUCACCUUAGUCCUCCCAUAUCUGCAUUACCAUCAAACAUUUAUACAAAUUUUGUAUAAAUGUAAUACUUUUUGCAUAACGGACGUGUACUGUCCAAGAACCUGAAAUAAUAGACAACCUCGACUCAGCAGACGAGCUGAGUUGAAGUGCGCCCUCCUGUGACAUAACAUCACUUUGAUUAAAAGUCUGGUUCCUACUUCCAUGCAACGAGUUUAGAGUAUAUCCGUCUGGUGCACUGUCAUUCUGAUGUAGACUGGCACUUCCUGAAAACAACCGCUGUCAUACAAAGAGUAGUGUGUUUACUAUUUAGUCUUGCAUCUCAACUAAACUUCGCGAAUAAAAAUUCCUUCAAGCUGAUUUGGUCAUGACACCAUGGAUCAGCUCAUUGACAAUGACAUUGAAACAGAUGACUCAGCCAAGGAGAAACCAUAUACCUGUGACGAUUGUGGUAAAAGCUACCUCAAUCGGAGUAGUUUAAGGAGACAUCAAAAGGACCAUUUAUCUGGUGACAAUCUCAUCUCAAAUGACAUUAAAACAGAAACCCAUAUUUGUGAGGAUUGUGGCAAAAGUUACUCCAAUGUCGGCAAUUUAAGAAGACAUCAAAUUCUUCAUUCUGGUGUGAGACGUUUUGUUUGUGACACCUGCGGGAAAGACUUUGCUGUGAAAGGAAGCCUGAAACAGCAUCUGUUGGUUCACUCUAAGGAAAAACCUUUCAAAUGUGACACUUGCAACAAAUCUUACGUACGAAAAGUAGACUUGAAACUUCAUCAGACGAUUCAUUCUGGUGAAAGACCAUUUGCUUGCAAAGUUUGUGCAAAAUCGUUUGUGCGAAAGAAAACCUUAAAGCAACAUGAAUUACUCCAUGUGGAAAGACCAUUUGUGUGCGACACUUGUGGGAAAUUCUUCUCGUCAGUAGAUCAGCUGCAAAGCCAUGAGCUCAUCCACACUGACGAUACAAAGUCCUUCAGUUGUGAGAUUUGUCACAAGUCUUUUGCUGAGAUGUACAAUCUAACCUUACACAAGACUGUACACUCCGGUGAAAAACAAUUCUCUUGUGACAUCUGUGGGAAAUGCUUCACACAGAAACGAACCCUUCGUCGACAUGAAAUUAUGCAUACUGACUAUAGGCCAUUCAGUUGUGAUGUUUGUGGUAAAGCAUUUGCUUUUAAUGCUCAAUUAAAAAAUCAUCAAGCCUACCAUACUGGAGAGAAUCUUUUAAGCUGUGAAAUUUGCGGUAAACUCUUCACAAAACCUUCUAGUUUGAAAAAACAUCAGAUAGUUCAUACUGGUGAUAAGCCAUUUGCUUGCCCCGUCUGUAGCAAAGCCUUCGGAAGUAAAGGGAAUCUUAAAGAGCAUCUAUCAAUCCAUAACGGUGAGAAACCCCAUGUAUGUGCUAUAUGUGGGAAGGGUUUCUCAAGAGGGACUAAACUAAGGGAGCAUCAGACAGUUCAUACAGGGCAGAAGUUAUUUGUUUGUGGGACGUGUGGGAAAUCCUUUACACUUCGAGGCCACCUUAGACGUCAUCAGACCUCAGCUCACACUAAUGAUCGGCAGUUUGCUUGUAAAAUGUGUGGUAAAUGUUUUGCUACAAGUAGCAAUCUAACAGAGCAUCAGAAAAUUCAUGAUUCAACACUGGAUAAAUGCCAGUUGUUUGAUAAAUUUGUAGCAAACAUGUCUUCCAAAGAAACAAGUUCAGGCCUGUAUACUUUGUUUUUGAAAGAGUAAGGGCACCAAGGCAUUUUCACUUGGUAAAGGGCACCCUAUGAGGAAAUAGUAAGUUUCUACUGGAUCAUUUCAAGGGCACCAAGGCAAUGACCAGGGGGCAUGGACGCAAUCGUCUCUGUUACCUCUGUGAGAUAAUCACUACUAUCAGGUCUGCAAGUCAAUACAACCCGUCAAGCUUUGUUGUUACAAAGGGGGUUGAAUCUUGCCCAAAGGUACACUUUGUUUUAGAUAUACAAUUUAUAAAUUUUAAAAACACUGAACAUCAAACUACUGGAAAAUUGUACAUUUAUAUUUCAUUUAAAAAGCAGUAUAAUACAAAAACCUACAUUUGAAUAGACAAUCAAAUAUCACAGAAGUAUUGAUAUUUCAAUUGGACCAUUGUUAUAAACAAGCUGUCAAAAGCUGGCUUAUAUUUAUUAUUAUAAAUACCUGUGUUUUUUUUUUUUUUGUAGUACCAUUUCUUAUCUUGUAUUAUAUAUUACAAACAAGAUUAUUUAAAAAAAAACACUGUUCUUGCUACUGUUGUUUCAAGGUGUGUUAUUUUAUGAUAUAAAGGAAUUAUAGUACUUGUAGCUUUUUUUAAGUAAUAUUAUUGCCAAGCAUUAUUGGGCAUUUUUUACGUUAAACUUGUUAGCAAAUUGGGUUUUGUUCACUGAGAUUGUUAAUCUGUCGUUCUUCCUUGAAACCCAACAGGGGAAAUGAAGGAAGAUUCUACUACAGCUGGGUCCAUUGGAUUUAGGUCUUGCCUACACACACCAUAAAAGUAAUGCCAUUAUAUGUUGCAACCCGUGUUAAGUCCGAAAUGACAAAUGACUCAUAAAGUGUGUCAUUUUGUAUUGAAGGAAUGUAAACAAAAACUCACUAUGCAUUUUUUUUUUUUUUUUUUUUUUGUGUAAACCAAAACCAAGUAUAUAUUUGUAUGAAGUUAGUGCAUGAUACAUGUGAUGUAUUGAAUGAUAAACAUGUUUAUUAAUUUUUAUUUUUUAUUUGAGUGUAUAUUCAUUCAAGUGUUA